CCAGAAACCAAGCAAUCCUCACUACAACUUUCACAUCAAUACAAAAACAACAGUUUCAAAAGCUAAACUAUCAACUAAUUUUCAAACCAACAAUCAUUACAACAUCUUCAAUAUGUGCUACCGAAUCUUCACUCACGCGAUGCGCUGCGAUGCGCGGCCCGUCAUUUCCGACGGUAACAACGUCUACACUGAUCCCUUCGCCUAUCCCCUCCCCUGCAGCUGCAGCUCUGAGCACUUCGUCCUACGUUACCUUCGAUGCGAGGAUCAUGGCUGCUGUAUGAAGAAGCUCGAAAUGGAUUGGUGUCCCAACGUUGCUGAUUGCAACGAAGUUUACGAAGUUCAUCGCUAUGUCCAAUCUCAUCGUAAACCACGAAAUAUCUGGGGUCCCAUAAACAUGCUCGGCGAUAACUUCAGUUCUCUCUGGAGUAUUCCCCAGAUUCAAGAGAAGGUGAAGCCUUGGGACUCUGUUCCAGAUUUGGAGAAGUGUCUCUUCAUUGGAAAGAUGCCACACUUGACGGCUGUCCUACCUCCUUUCCAGCAGGCUGUUCAGAACCUUGUCAACACUGGUCGUCUCAUUGUCCAGACACAGGAUCAGCUGGGUGCACUUCGCAACGACAUUGCCAUUCGGCGAACCAUGCACGAUACUUUCCAUGGAGAAGCUUGCUCGCGUGUGCUUAAUGAGUGGGAGUGCCCUGUUCAAGGACCUAUCGCAACUGGAGAAAUGCUUGAUGGGCAAAUGGUUAAGAGCCUUGUGAAGCAGCAGGAGAUCUUCAACACAUGCUGGACCUUCAUUCAGAGCAUCAUGUGGUCUCGCCAAGUGGGUAAGAGCCUUAUGCUCAAGAAUGUACCGGUCGUUUGGGAUCAGUAGAAAGAACCUGGAUCUACUCUUUGGGUGUUUGGUGGUUAAAUUUAGAAUGCAUUCUUUACGUUGGGCGUUUGGGAUAGGAAAAGGUUAUUCUGGUAAUAGAGGAGGAUAUAGAAAUAAUAAAUUUGGACUUGGCUUCAUACAUCGAUCAUUCAGGUUAUAGUGACAAAGUAAACAUUCUAAAUUGGUGUUACACGUCCGAGUGAAGCUGUGGGUGUAUAAAUAUAAAUAACUUUUCGCUUAAUCAGCAACUAAAGCCGUCAUCGUAUAGGGGUCAGUACAUCAGUUUGUGGCUCUCCGAAGCACUGAAAACGCAAGUUCGAGUCUUGCUGACGGCAAA